UGAAAUAUCUUACUACAUCCUUUUGAUAACCGGAAUGAACACCCGAGUGCUAACAUCAACCGAUCAAAGUAUUUCGUUUGCUGCCUUUCCCCCCGUGCGGACCUAUCAAUUCAUCGACAAAAGAUCCCGUAGUUCUUGGUUUUUACUAUAAACCUUCCACUCACGAUUUCCAGUCAACUCUCUCAUUCAACUUCACUGCUUUUCGUUCAUUCAUGGAGGUCAAUAAUCUGGAAUGAAUUAUCAAAGUCUUAUAAUCGUCAUUAUAUCAAUCGAAACCAUUUUCAUCUUUUUGUGCAAAAAAUGCCGGGAAAUUCCAGAAAAGAUGCUCGAAAUAGGCUGAAAUCUUCAAUCGAUGUUGAUGAAGAUCAUCAAUCGAUUUAUACGAACAAAAAAUCUAAUCUCAAGCUUAAGAGAGAUAAAGGAAGGAUUCGUUCUUCUUCCAGAUUCACAUUUCUAAUCGGAUUUUCCGCCAUUUUUGUAUUUGCAAUUUCAAUUUAUUUAAUGUACUCGUAUUGCAUGAGUUCAUUUGAUUAUGGAAGUCGGAAACCUAGGUUUAUUACUCCUUUUCCAGCUCCUAAACUAAUGGAUCUUCCUCAGUUUCAAGGGGAGCAUAAGGAGAGUUUAUACUGGGGAACUUAUCGGCCUCAUGUUUAUCUUGGCAUUCGUGCAAGGACUCCGCAGUCACUAAUUGCAGGAUUGAUGUGGAUUGGUGUCAAGGAUGGACAGUAUUUUAUGCGGCAUGUUUGCCAAGAUUCCGAUGAGCUUAGCACUUAUGGUUGGACUCAUCACAAUGGACGAGACUAUGGAAGACAGCUGAUAGUUGACCAUGGAUUGAUUUUGGAAACCAGUUUCUUAAAACUGAGGGGAAAAGGUAGUGGUUAUGGAGGUGAUUGGGCUGUUCGCAUUGAUGUACAAAGCAAAAGGUCAGGCUCAGAAGAAACUGCUUGGGGAAGUGGUCAUUUUUUCUUCUAUCUGGCUGAUGAAAGUGGAUAUCCCAUCAGCUUGAGCAGAGAUGUAUUGGACCUUGAUGAAAGCUCGGUACUGGCAUCAGGAUCACAAAGAGAUUACGGAGGCUGGCAGUUACAUCUUAAAUCAGCUGAUAAUUUGGAAAUUCAUUAUUCUGGUUUUAAGUCACCACACAUCCACAACUUGUCCGAUCUUGUCCAAGUAAAUCUUGCACAUCAGAUCAGAAGGUUUAGUCGUCUGCAACUUCCUGAUGACCCUGGCUAUUCUCCCAAUAUUUUUGUGUUUCAGAUUUCUGCCAUGGUUCCUUUCAAAGCAGAUUUUGCAUUUAUUUCUGGAACGGACAUGGAAGAUCCAAGAAUAGAUGAACGCAUUAGUAGUCUUACAGGUGAAUCUUUGAGUAAGAUACUGGGAGAGAAGAAAAGUGAGUUUGACGAUAAGUUUCAACGAUGCUUCAAUCUGACGGAGAAGGUUGACUCAGAAGCUAUGCUUGUUGGUAAAGCUGCAAUAGCGAAUAUGUUAGGUGGUAUUGGUUACUUCUAUGGUCAAUCGAAAAUUUCCAUGCCUAAGAAAUCUGAUACGAAGGGCAAAGAUUAUCUGUUAUACUGGCCAGCCGAGCUAUACACAGCUGUUCCUAGUCGAUCCUUCUUCCCAAGGGGCUUUUUGUGGGAUGAAGGUUUCCAUCAGCUGUUGAUCUGGCGCUGGGAUGUCAGUAUCUGCUUGGAUAUAGUUGGUCACUGGUUAGAUCUAUUGAAUAUUGAUGGUUGGAUUCCACGUGAACAGAUUUUGGGUGCUGAAGCUUUGAGUAAAGUCCCUGAGGAAUUUGUUCUGCAGCAUCCAACAAAUGGCAAUCCACCAACAUUAUUUCUGGUUUUACAUGAUCUAGUCUCUGGAGUUGAGAUGGGAAAAUUUAGUGCUUCUGAAAACAGCAAGAUCUCUUCCUUUCUUGACCGUGCAUUUGUACGCCUUGAUGCAUGGUAUAAAUGGUUCAAUACUUCACAAUCAGGAAAAGAUCCGUAUACAUAUUUUUGGCAUGGUAGAGACAAUGUUACUAUUCGUGAAUUAAAUCCAAAGACAUUAUCAUCUGGGUUAGAUGACUAUCCUCGUGCAUCUCAUCCUAGCGACAAUGAGCGCCACUUGGAUCUCAGAUGCUGGAUGCUUCUUGCGGCCGAUUGCUUGCAUACCAUUGCCAAACUUUCAGAGAAACUUGACGAAUUAGGGAAGGAGUAUGCCUUCACUGCCAACCAGCUGUCGAAUUUCAAAGUUCUCAAUCAGAUACAUUUUGAUGAGGCUUACGGAGCAUAUUUUGAUUUUGGCAACCAUACUGAAAAGGUUCUUCUACGCUCACAAUUGAGAGUGAAUGAGAAUUAUGCCAGUCAAGAGAUGGUCCGAGAAGUCCUUGAGAAACCAAAGCUUCAAUUUGUACCUCAUCUUGGCUAUAUCAGCCUCUUUCCAUUCAUGGGAAAACUUAUUCCUCCUGAAUCAUGGAUCCUAGGAAGACAACUUGAACUUAUUUCAAAUAGAAGCACAUUAUGGACCAACUAUGGGAUUCGUUCCCUUUCCAAAACAAGUUCACUCUACAUGAAACGCAAUACAGAGCAUGACCCACCAUACUGGAGAGGACCGGUUUGGAUGAAUAUGAAUUACAUGAUUCUUUCUGCUCUCCACCAUUAUUCUAAAGUUGAUGGGCCCUACAAAAUGAAAGCCAAAACCAUCUAUGAAGACUUGAGAAGCAAUCUAAUUAGAAAUAUCAUUCAUAACUUCGGCAACACUGGCUAUCUCUGGGAACAGUAUGAUCAGAAAACCGGAAAAGGUAAAGGUGCACGUCCGUUUACUGGCUGGACAUCACUUGUGCUACUAAUAAUGUCGGAAAGUUACAGCAGUAGUUGGGGAGUUUUGAAUUCAUGAUGGAUUCGAAAACCGAAGAUAAGAUGAAAGUUUUGCGGCUAGAAUUUGUUGUAUUGAUUCUAAAUAUCAUAAGAGCAGCAUAGAGUAACUUGAGUUAGGUUACUAGUUGUGGAUUUUUCCAUGUGUCCCCUAUUGAAAGGAUAUAUAUUUUCUUCUGCUUAUAUGUAGUGUUUCUCUAAUUUACUUUUGAAUAUAAAAAAAGGAACAUCACAUAAAUCAUUAUC